AUGAAUAGACAUAUUCGAUCAGGGUCUGAAAAUAAGGUUUGUUUAAUUGAUUAAAAAACAGGGAGUACAAGUUUAAGAACAUCGGCAUCUCGUAUACGUUUGGGGAAUGCUAAUUCCUAGCCGUCAAUUCGAUAAUAUUAUAGUGGUUAAGUAAUGCAUACUAAUAUGAAGUACUUUUAUGAUAAGCACAAAUCAUAUAAUAAGGACAUUUCAAAAGUGUUUAACAAAUUUAAUAGAUUGAAUCUUUUACCUUAAUAGCAUAGUUUACAAAAUCUCACUUAGGAUCAUUAUGUAACAAGAAUAAUCCCAGUUUCUCCAAGUCAAACAUUGUUUUUAGAUUAAGCACUACCAGUAAAGGCAAACUCAAGCAAAAUGUCUCAUCGCAAAGUGAACUCGUUGCUAACUUUUACACAAAAAUAAAAGCUAAAAAAUGCAGGAUCCUUAUAAAACAUAAAAUUAAAGGAAAGAUUAGUAUUGAUAGUUUUAAAUCACAACCUUACUAAGUACAAUUUUAUAAUAAAAAUUGAUGCAAAUCAAUAGAUAAUUUAAGAUAUUGCUACUUUAAUAUACCUAUUCCAUUACAAAGAAGUUCAUAAAGGGAGGCUGAAUUAUUGCUCCAUUAAGUAGGUAAGGAACUAUUGGAUCAAUUAAAGUUGGGAUAAAUAGAUAAAAUUGUAAUUGAUUUAGAAAGGAGAGCCUUUGACAUCCUUGUUUGAUUGCCAACACCAUAAAACAAUAAUAGUAUCCCCAACUAAAUAAUUUAAUGGCAUAGCUGAGGCCAAUAAAGUCUUAGAGUAUUUGGAUCAAUUGGAAUGUGUCUUAAAGGAUUAGCAAAUAGGAGAAUAGAAAUCUGAGAGUUUGGAGACAUUUAUAAGCAAGAAAUACCAAAGAAACAUCUAAAAUAUAGCAGAUUAUUUGCAAUAGCAAGAUGAUAAGAUGUCUAAUUUUAGGUUGAAUUCUUAAGAAGCUGAAAGUUUAUACAAAAGAUGCAAAUUGAAGGCUUAAAAAAAGUUAAAUUUAGAUGAUAUAUUAUAAAAAAAGUUUAAUGACAUCAAGUAAACACCCCUAACUGAAAAAUAUCAAAAUUAAGAUGAAUAUUUAAAUGAUGAUGAAUAAAUUACAAUAGAACCAAGACAAUUAGAAAAUGAACAUAUUAUUAGGUAAUAUAGUCGAGAAUUGUAAAUUUUAUAAAAAACUAUCAUAUAAAAUCAUGAUCCAGACGCUGUUGCUCCAAUGGUGCUCCUUGGGGGGAGACUAGUGAAAUAUGAGGAUCCAUAAUAUCAUGAGUAGCACUUAGAUAAGUUGCAGUAAUAUAUAGGAAAUAAGAAGGAGAAUCAGAAUACUUAUGAGAUAUAAUUUGCAAAUAGUGCACAAACGAGCAAAAAUAAAUAUCAUCAUAUCAAGACAAAAAAAUAGAUCCUCCAAACCCUUUAAAAGAGGCAGAAGCUAUUAUUUACCUAGAACAUACCUCAAUUGAUAUAGGAAACAAAGCUAAAUCGAAGAGAGUUAUAUUAGACAUUUAUAUUAUAUUAAGCCUUGGAAGCUGUAUCAAGUUAAAUGGAGGAUGCAUAUGUGAUUGGGGAGGGAGUGAGUUUUGAAGCGUUUCGAAAUGGAAUCUAUUAGGUUUCAAUGCAGCCGACUGAUUUGGCAAAAUAAAUGUUUUAAUAGAUUGAUUACAAUUUUUCAGGGUAUUUGAAUUGGAGAGAAUUUUUGAAUCUAAUGGUGGCCAUUAGAGCGAAGACUUUGAUGGAUAGAGUGAAUUUAUUUAUCAAGAUUGCAGACAAAGAUGGGAAUAGAGCAUUAUCAUAUGAUGAAGUGCACAAUUUAACUAGGAUAUGUUUAAGUAAAUAUAUAAAAGAUGAUUGUCAAUUAUUAGAUUUGUUAUGUGAUUAUUUUACAAAAUUAAUCUUUGAAACAUUAGAAGUUGAUAAAAAUGAUGACAUACCUUUGGAAAAGAUUAAAUAAACAAUUUUGGAUGGUGGGGAGAAUUGUUAACUUUUAAGCAUGUUCUGUGGAGCUGAUUUAUGA